AUGGCCGCGAAACAGCCGACGGCGAAUCAGAAGAAUCGCAAGUACAAAUGCGAUGUGAGCGGCUGCGAGUGGUCGUUCGACGAACGCGGAAAACUCUUGCGACAUCUCGACACACACAUUUCGUACGGCCGCUUCUGCUGCCUUCUGUGCAAAGAAGAAUUCAUUCACGAGUACAACAUCUAUCCGCAUUGGCGAAAAGUCUGCGCCAGCAUGCAGAGCACAUUCGGCAAUGGUGAGCUUCUCCAUGUCUCCACCGAAGAGCUCAACAAGAAAGCAACAGCGUUGAUCAAAACCAUCGAGGACAAGGUCGAUUAUUACGAGGUCGGCGCCGUCUCAUUUCGACCGUCAAAAGAUUAUAUAAUUGAUGUGAGCGAAAACUCGGAGUUAUCGUUCUACGCCACAUGCUAUUUGUGCGGUUUGUCGUUGCCGGCCAAAUUCAUUCGGGCGCACAUCGACGCGCAUCGCGGCCACUACGCAAUCGACGAGGACGCGUUUCAGCGAUUCAUGUGCAAUUUGUGCUCGCUGACGUUCUCGGCCGUUGAACAACUUUACAAACAUUGGUACGAAACCUGCGAGGAGGUGGAGGCGAAUCACGACGACGUUCGAUCGUUGACGUCCGACGAGCUCCUCGGAUUGGUCUAUUCGAUUCUACAACAAUCGGUGCCGUUGAGCACGUGCGAGCGAAUGCGUCGGCACGACAUCAAUGUGACGGCGCGCUUCUGGAGGACCGACGUCAAGUCGAGCAACGCGCCCAACAUAAAAUAUUUGCGAUAUCAACACUCGGUCUAUCCGUGGCCGUCGACGAAUGUCACGUUCUACGAGGCGAGCGAGCAAAUAUCGAUGAAUGGCGAAUUCGAAUUGAAGAGAAAAAGCUACGACGCCAAUUUCAAUCGUGUCAAUUUGCUAGCCGACAUGUGCCCCUCAUUCUACGCCAUGUACGCCUAUUGGCUGAACGUUCGAAUACCCGACGACACGCAUCCAAAUCCAAUUUGCCGCCUUUUGACAUAUGAGAACACACCGUACAACAAACGAUUGUCAUCAAUGUCGAUGACGUCGCGAUCUUAUCCGCAAAUCAACAAAUCGUUUCCAAUGUACCGAAAAUGGAAUCCACAUUAUGGCGAUGUCUCGUGCAAUAUUUGUCGAACAGUUUUCGCCAAUCGCGGUCGUCUCAAGCAACACAAACGAGUCAUGCAUGAGGCGAUGCUCGGUUUAUGCGUUUUGUGCGCCGAACAAUUAUCGUCGUAUUGCUCGUUGGUGGACCAUUGGAGAUUCGAAUGUCCAACAAUCGACGGGCUUCUCUCCGAAGAGGAGAAGCGAAACGCGAGCGCCGGACUGCUCCGCGAGCUCAUCUAUCGUUUGAACGAAGGCAAUUUGAUGAGGAGCGAGAACGAGCCGCUCGAUGAAACGUUGUGGAAAUUGAAGAGCAGAUAUUUUUUGACGACCAACGCGGCGCCGGUCGUCUUGAAAACCGAGCUGAAGGCGUUCGUCGAGCAUCGCAUUCGCGCAUUUCAAGGAAUGCUUGCACUGGAAAACAACCAACAAGAUGAGCCUCGAGAAACCGAGGUUAUUCGCGAAUUCUUCGAGCGGCAAGAUCAACGACAACGAAGGCACGAGCGACGUGACGAUGCGACGAUGAGUGACGGCGACGAUGGCGAUGGCGAUGGCGAUCGAGACAAAAAUGUGGCGUCGACGAGCAGCGGGGAGAUGGCGAACGCGGGUUUGCCGAUGAAAUGGGCCCGACAUCGACGACAUUCGUGGCAUCGACGCAACACCGACGGACAUGCGAUUGAAGGCGACGAAGGGCGCUCUCAAAGCGGCGUUGAAGACCGCGAGCUGAUACCGCCCAACGAUUCGAUUCCGCAAUAUCUCAAUUCGGAAGCGAGCGAUGACGUCGUCGUGAUGGCCGACGCUUCGACGAAAUCCGACCGAAAAGCGACGAAGCGUUCGCGAAACCGACGCGGCGCGUCGAGGCGCCACAAAUCAUCGGAGGAUCGCGUCGACGUCGACGUCGACGACGAUUUCGGCAACAUUCGCGAAAUCGCCAGCGAUCACGUGAUCGCGCAGGGCUCGAAAAUGCGCGAGCGUUUCGAGUCGCGUUACGCGAUGCUCGAAUCGACCGAGCCGAUGCUCUACACGACGAUUCAGCGGAAAAAGAAUCACACGACGAAUUGGGCCAACGAUCGUUGCAUUAUUUACGACAACGCGUUGAUCGAUUUGCGCAAUUUUUUGCCGCUCGAAAUUUCGUGCGCAGUCUGCUAUACGGCCGACGGUGAAGCCGUCAUCGGAGGAACAUGGCGUUUGCCGAGAGAGGACAUCCCGAAAAAAGAGCUUCAAAUCGGAUCGACUAUCAAAGGACCAAAAGGUGUCGAACUGGAAGUGAUCAGAGUCGAGAGCGGCGACGAUUAUGAGCCGCUAUUGUUUCCCGUUCAAUAUGUGCCAAAAUUGAGGCGAAAUGGGAAGCUGAUUCGUCUAUUCAAAUGCAAUCCGAUUCGUGUCGACGGCGAAAACGAUGAUGUCCGAAUUGGGAAGUGA